UUUGGCCCAGGAGAGAGGGGGUCCUGGCACACACGGCCGAACUUUACCCAACGGCUCUCUUUGCAUUUAACCACCUGUUGCUUGCUAUUUAUACACUGCAGAUGCUCCAGAGAAAAUCCCGCUCUUACAGAGAGUCCUAACUGUGCUUUGCUUUGCUUGUUGUUUGACAUGAUACUAUAGCAUCCACUUUGUUCAUCUUUUUCGUUUAACUAAUUUCUUCUCUUUUUUUUGUCCUUUUUCUUUACAAUUAUAAGCUGCUUCGAUCUCGAUCUGUUUUGGUCGAUUGAGAUCAGCAAGCAAGCAACCAUCUUUUUAUUUUUAUUUUAUUUUUCUUUCAUACAUCUCCACCUAUUUUUUGCUGGUUGGAGUUCUUCUAUUUCUCUUUUAUCUUUUCAUAGUUUCGAUUUGCACUUCAGCUUUUCUGAUCUACUCACCAUCAUCAUCAGCUUGCGGCUGCUCAGGUCAGAUCAGCUUGUUUCAUUCGCAUCUAUAGCUUCUUUUUUUCCGCUCAAACUGUUCAGAUUUGCAAGCGAGAUCGGUGCCAAUGGAGAACGCCUUUAAAUCGUUGAGCUCUUCGGCAAAAUCGCCAUCGUUCAUGGCUUCCAACAAGCACUAUCACGGCGUCGUCAACCACCAGCCUCCGUUCCCACAACCGCCGGCGACGCCACCGCAGCCUCCGCUCCUGCCGCUGCCGGCGCGCCCCCAUGCCCCGCCGCCGCAGCAGCACGCCGCCUGGCCGGCGCCACAACGUUCCAAGAAACCAAGCCACGCCACCGCCACCGCCGCCGCCGCCGCCGCGGCGCUGGGCCCCAAGAAGACGGCGCCGGUGCCCAUCCCUGUACAGGCGGCGCCGUCGAAGAAGAGGGCGGCGGCGGCGAGCCAGCAAGAGGCGGCGGAAUGGACGACGACGACGGACUCGCUGUACUCGGUGUCGCCGCCGCCGAGCUGCGUUCCGAUGCCGACGUCCCUGCUGGUCGGUGCAGCGGCCGGGAGGAAGGCGGCGACCGCGUGCGCCGUGGAGGUGGCCGGCGGUGGCGGCGUGGACGUCGGAGCGACCGACGAGCUCCGGCGGCUACUCCGGCUCUAGCGGCCCCACACGUGCCCCUGCUUGCAGCAACAUGCCAUCGAUGUUUGUUGUUUGUUCUACGUUUUGGUGCAACUUGUAUACGUGCCCGAAAUAAAGAUGAGCACGAUGUUAUUGCUACAGGUUGUAUUGGGUAUUUGCCCUCUGAAUUCAAUAUAUACAAUGUGUUUGUGUUUGUGUCACCAGCUGGAUUGAAAAUGAGAAAGUUUUGUUCUUCUUUUGUUGAUCUACUCCGAAAUGCAAACCAAGGUCAGUUCAUAGCAGAAAAGGUUGCGAGGAGAUUAGAGUCUUUGUAUUGGUAGAUCUCAUCUCAGAAUAAUAAGCAAGGGGCAGGUUGUCACCGUUUCUUCACCUGAAGCAAUAGUAGAUGUGGAGAAUGGAGAAUUCUGUAAAUCAGAUCACUAUGAAUUCUGAUUUCAAUUAUCACGCAGACAUGCAGCGAGGUGUUUUGUCGACACGUUGCAUACCUUACGAAAAAGUGGCAAAUGAUCACUCAUCCCUUCUUAAAAACAGAAACAGCUUUAUUAAAUCUGGUGCAAGAAUUGGCAACAGCAAGGAAAAUGCAGUAAACCCUUCUUGUCAAUGGGGACAACUGUAUCACGAUUGAUCAGUCUUUACGCGCUACAACCAGAAACCAACCCCUAUCCACAUUCUCCAUUAUUUCUCCGACAAAAAAAAAAGGGGGAAAGAUCUCAUACAUAUACAAUGCAGUCUCCUCUCUGAAAUGAUAAUGUAGCCUAUUUAGUAUACAGUCUGAAGAUCCAAGUAGGAAGAAUCAGCAGUCGCAGAAUGCACGGAGGGUUUCGUCGAGGGCAUUCCUGUCGUAAUCGCCAGUGAAAACACAGCUUCCCAGA